AUGUUUGGCCAGAUACGCGAAGAUGAGGUACAGACAUCUCCAGCAGACAGGCCAUGCUCAAAUGAACUUGUUAGUUAUUCGAGCACCCAGCCAGAGAUCGGAAUCAAGGGUAACCUGAUUACGCUUGCUCUGAACUGCACUCAUGCUGCUGCAACAGUCAUGGACAAGCUCUCCAUACCCCAGCCGGAAGCCUUACAUCAGAAGAUGAACAAGCUGUUUGAGAAGUCCUCACCAGGACUCCCUGAUGAUCCGACCCUACUUUGUACUGAAACCCAUGAGUACAGCGUUCCAAGUCCAGAUUUCAUGUAUCAAUUUAGAGGUUCCUCUGAUCUCUAUGUUGGCUUGGAAGACAAGGUACGCCCGCACCAGAUACACAUCGACCGCUGGGAGCAACAAGUGCGCCCCCGGCUAUGUACAGACAUCAAGGAGUUUGAGAAGAAGAUGAGAAGUAGCAGAACAUUUCGAAGUCGAGGCGGGUUGUCGAUAUCCCCGGAACUUCGAAUGUCUGGCCGCGUGGAAGCUUCCAACAAGGUGAAGCUAUCACCUUGUAUCUGGAUUUUGUAUGGUCAUGAAAGAUGGAGAAAGAGUGUCCAGAAGUUUGUGAACGAGCUUGAGUGGCUCUUCCUAGAAGACUUCGGAGAAGCCGAAGUUCAUUUCGGCGGCCCAAGACUCUCCGCUUUGGAGAGCUCCUCCGGGGUACUGGGACUAGACUUCGACGCGGACCACAUGUAUCAUCUCGAUGGAAACACCACGCUAUACUUACAUGUUGAGGAGCCCAAGGGGGUCUCAGCAUGCGGAUUGAUUUGUUGUGCCACUAUCAUGCGAGAUGGAAAUAUAACGAGCCAGCGGCUUUCUCGAAUAGGAGGCAUUCUUCACGUCAAUGGUAAAGGAUUUGGCGUGACUACUGCUCAUGGAAUGUUGGAAUGGUUCGUGGACGAUGAUGUGGAUAGCCAAACUGGCGACAUAUCAUCCGAUGACGAGUCAUUAGAUUGUUCUCUCUCAUCGGACGAAGAAGAUGAGGGGACGAUAUCAGAAACAUAUCGAAAGGAGGGUACCAGAACUGGACCGAGACUUCAUGAGCCUGAUACAGCUACAAGCAUCAACAGAGUUCACCGAUGGACCCAGGUUUCAGCGCUUGGCUUGACUAGCUUUCUCCAAACCCGUUACUUUAUGUCAUCUGAAAUGGGCGUAAUGAUUCAGCAAGAACUUCUACCAAAUCCUCAAGUUCAUGGACUGUCGGAUGAAGCAGCUCUCGGCUCCGACUUCUCGCUCUGGAGUGUCCAGCACACUAAGACUCUACAGAAUGCAUACACAACGGAAACCUGUCAUAAUAUUACUAUCAACGCCCUGGGACACAACGUUCCUGAGGGACCAGUCCAGUUACUGCUUGGCAACGAUGACCUGCGGCAAGGGUUUCUUCUCCCAGGAACCAUGUCGUUUUUCAUUCACGGGACUCAAUUCAAGACUCGGAAAAUCAGAAUUACACAGCCGCUAGGGCAAGGUUGCUCGGGCACCUGGGUCGUCCGUGAUAGGCAACUGCAAGGGGUCAUCGUAGCAUCGUAUGAUCAUGAGCCGUAUGUACAAAUGGUUAACACAGAAGACCUACUGUUCAACAUCAAGUCGGCUUCCUCCCAUACCACUCAAAUCCAACUUCCUAGACACGAACCGGUGCCCAACAACAUUGACUUACCAAGCCGACCGCUUAAAGCGGAAUUAAAGCCAAAAACGCACGCACCGGCCUUAAAAAGUUUAACAACAAGCGAAGGGGAAUGGAAGGGGAACUGGAGAGGAGAGUUGGAACUUCUGAAAAGACUGAAGCGCGAAUUGUUGAAAUGGCCAGUAGCAAAUGGCUAUCACACUACUCUGUCGAAGGGAAGCCCGGACUUCACGGUCCACAAUGAUGCAACGAAUAAUGUUCCUACCAGUUCUGGGUCAAAAGUCCGCGACUACGGGAUAUCACACUUGGAGUUGGAACAGUGGCCUCCAGUAAUUCAUGAUGGCAUCAGCGGUGGAUACCUGAAUAACGUCAAGCUUCGAGAUCUGAACGCGCAAACUCUUAUUGAGCGCUUCAUGAUGACUUUCGGGACUCAGUCACGACGACGAGAACAAGCCUGGUUUCUGUCGACCUUAAUGCCAACAGAUACACCAAGAGAUUUCGACGAAACUAACUGGAAAGUUCCAGAGAGAAUUGUCGGCCAAAUAUUUGAUCUUCAUAGUAGGGGACACAAAGUCUCAUCUCAUGGAGGUCUCACCACGGGGCAACUGUAUUUGAAGCUACGAGACGAGCAGUCCGAACCGUUCACGGGUAUCGAUGGAAAUGCCAGUACCAGUACCACAGAACAAGGCACAAUCCUUGCAAACCGGCGAUUGACGUUUAUCAGAAAUCUCGACAGUUACUCUAUGGCUGCGCUGAUGCUAACAGCACGCCAAGGACAAAGCGAUGGUUUGGGCGAAGCCCUAUAUCUACACAUGGCUUUCAAACCACUCAUCAUCAUCAGUACAACGGCAGAUAUAUCGCAUACCUUUGAACUUUCUGUUCAUCUACCUUUAUAUUCCUGGCGGAAUACAUCCAAACCUCCACGAGACUUCCGACUGAAAGCAGAUGGAUCCCCAGUCAGAGCUGUCAUCAAGCUGGGAAACGAGGAAGAACACCUAGAUCGGCCAAGAUCUAGACAGGGUGACUAUCUGUGCGAGGCACAUAUUUCACUGUUUCUUAAGGUCAAAAGUGACAAGACAUGGAUAGGCUACUGCUUCCAGGAUACAUAUCAUCAUCCACACUUUGAUGAUGCUGCUCUACUCGGAGGUUGGGAAAACAAGCUCAACCUGAACGAUUUACAUGAUGUCUAUCCUUUGCAACAUGACAUCAUGGAGUGUUUGCAAAUUGAACUUGAGAGAAAGCUAGAAGCUUUUGAAAGUGAAUGGGAGACUACAGUCAGCUCUAUUGCCCGGAGAGUCGGGGAAUAUACCGGCAAGAUCGACACCGAUGGGGAUAUUGGAGAAACUUCCCGUUGGCUUACUUCGACUGGGCAUAUCGUCAAGAAGCUCGCCAACUCUCUUCAAGAGACAAUAAAUUGCUGGGAUCGCUAUCCUUAUAAGGAUCGGUGUGAGAGCCCGGCCGAGAAACGAAUCCGUCUCCGCAUCAAUCGAACGGUUUCACGUUUACGAAUCUCACAUACAAGGCUCAAAAAACUAGACCCCGAGUGCAACAUUUACAUUCAACGCUUCGUAUCAACUAUGCAAACCAGAAGCGCAGAACGAACCCAGGCUGCAACGGAUCUCUUACUUCAUGUUAGUACCUUACCCUAUCAGUAUCGUAAUGUCAUUGUUACUAAUAUCACCACUUCAAGGUAA